CGGGCCCUGCCAGCCCGAGGAAGGAUGCUUAGCGGCGGCGCCGAGACAACCUCCUCGCCCGUCCACAGCGACUGCCUGGGUUUCCUAUCCAGGCAGGGCCUCCCAAUCCUGGCUCCGCCUGCACCACAUGACCCCUCCGUUGCCUGCAAACUUUCUUCUUCUCCUUGUCCCGGGGCGGCCGCGACCGAGACUGGAAAAUGGCGGCUUAGCAGCGUCGCCGCCGCCUCAGUCCCCGCCUCUCUGCGCCGGCUUUUCCCGACGGCUGGCGGGCUCGGGCUCCCCUCAGCUAUGACGCGUUGGAUACCCACCAAGCGCGAGGAGAAAUACGGCGUGGCAUUCUAUAAUUAUGAGGCCCGGGGUCCAGAUGAGCUGUCGUUACAAAUAGGAGACACCAUGCACAUACUGGAAACACAUGAAGGUUGGUACAGAGGUUAUACUUUAAGGAAAAAAUCAAAAAAAGGCAUCUUUCCUGCUUCCUACAUACAACUUAAAGAAGCAAUAGUUGAAGGAAAGGGGCAACAUGAAACUGUUAUACCUAGUGAACUACCACUCAUUCAGGAGGUUACCACUACACUACGGGAAUGGUCCACAAUAUGGCGACAGCUUUAUAUUCAAGACAACAGAGAAAUGUUUCGUAGUGUAAGACAUAUGAUAUAUGAUCUUAUUGAAUGGCGGUCGCAAAUAUUGUCUGGAACACUACCCCAAGAUGAGCUCAAAGAGCUGAAGAAGAAAGUCACAGCAAAGAUUGAUUAUGGAAACAGAAUUCUGGAUUUGGAUCUAGUGGUAAGGGAUGAAGAUGGUAACAUAUUAGAUCCAGACCAAACCAGCACAAUCAGCUUAUUCAGAGCUCAUGAAACAGCUUCCAAACAAGUGGAAGAAAGACUGCUGGAAGAAAAAUCUCAAAAGCAGAACCUUGACAUUAGUAGAGAAGCAAAAUUUGCUGCAACACCUUCAUUUGCAUUAUUUGUAAAUCUGAAAAAUGUUGUUUGCAAAAUUGGAGAAGAUGCUGAAGUCCUUAUGUCUUUGUAUGAUCCUUUGGAAUCCAAGUUUAUCAGUGAGAAUUAUCUGGUGAGAUGGUCAAGUUCUGGUCUACCAAAAGACAUAGAUAAAUUACAUAACCUUCGAGCAGUCUUUACGGACCUUGGCAGCAGUAAAGACCGGAAGAGAGAGAAGAUCAGUUUUGUGUGUCAGAUUGUACGAGUUGGUAGAAUGGAACUAAGAGAAAACAACACAAGGAAGCUAACUUCUGGGCUACGGCGACCUUUUGGUGUAGCAGUGAUGGACGUAACUGACAUAAUUAAUGGGAAAGUAGAUGAUGAAGACAAGCAGCACUUCAUUCCAUUUCAACCGCUAGCAUUGGAUAACACCAUUCGACACAAGCAGCUGAACAUAUCAUCCCGUUUUUCACCCAGGGUGGCAGGGGAGAAUGAUUUUCUUCAGACUGUAAUAAACAAAGUGAUUGCUGCUAAAGAAGUUAACCACAAGGGUCAAGGUCUAUGGGUGACACUGAAACUUCUUGCAGGAGACAUACAUCAAAUACGAAAAGAAUUCCCUCACUUAGUUGAUAGGACCACAGCUGUGGCACGGAAAAUGGGUUUUCCAGAAAUUAUUAUGCCUGGUGAUGUCCGUAAUGAUAUCUAUGUAACAUUAGUUCAAGGAGAUUUUGACAAAGGAAGCAAAACUACAGCAAAGAAUGUAGAGGUUACAGUAUCUGUUUAUGAUGAAGAUGGGAAAAAAUUGGAGAAUGUAAUUUUUCCUGGGGCCGGAGAUGAAGCUCUUUCAGAAUAUAAGUCUGUUAUAUAUUACCAAGUAAAACAACCCCGCUGGUUUGAAACUAUAAAGGUUGCAAUCCCCAUUGAAGAUGUAAACCGCAGUCACCUAAGGUUUACAUUCCGGCACAGAUCAUCACAGGAUUCCAAAGAUAAAUCUGAGAAAAUAUUUGCCCUGGCGUUUGUUAAAUUAAUGCGCUAUGAUGGAACAACCCUACGGGAUGGAGAACAUGAUCUUAUAGUAUACAAGGCAGAAGCAAAGAAGCUAGAAGAUUUUUCAACAUAUUUAAGCUUGCCCUCUACUAAACUGGAAUUGGAAGAAAAAGGUCACUCAAUGGCUGGCAAGGGCAUGCAAAAUCUUGGAAGCUGUACCAUCAGUAAAGAUUCAUUCCAGAUCUCUACUCUAGUCUGUUCAACAAAGCUAACUCAAAAUGUGGACUUACUGGGGCUUUUGAAGUGGCGAUCCAACACAAAUAUUCUGCAACAGAAUUUAAGGCAACUGAUGAAAGUUGAUGGAGGUGAAGUUGUUAAAUUUCUUCAAGAUACAUUGGAUGCAUUGUUUAACAUUAUGAUGGAGAAUUCAGAAAGUGAGACAUUUGACACAUUGGUGUUCGAUGCUUUGGUGUUUAUCAUUGGACUAAUUGCUGACCGGAAGUUCCAGCAUUUCAAUCCUGUUUUAGAAACCUACAUUAAGAAACAUUUCAGUGCUACUUUGGCUUAUACAAAACUCACAAAAGUUUUAAGGACCUAUGUGGAUAAUGCUGGCAUCACUGAUCAACUAUUCAAAGCUAUGAGAUCUUUGGAAUAUAUCUUCAAAUUUAUAGUGCGGUCAAGAAUUUUGUUCAACCAGCUGUAUGAGAAUAAAGGGGAAGCUGAUUUUAGGGAAUCGUUGCUUCAUCUCUUUAAGUCUAUUAAUGAAAUGAUGAGCAGUGCCUCUGAACAGACUGUUACAGUAAAGGGAGCUGCCCUUAAAUACCUGCCAACUAUUGUGAAUGAUGUAAAGCUUGUUUUUGAUCCCAAAGAACUUAGCAAACUAUUUACAGAUUUUAUACUGAAUGUUCCAAUGGGUCGUCUCACAAUUCAGAAGCUGUACUGUUUGAUUGAAAUAGUUCACAGUGAUCUUUUCACACAACAUGACUGUAGGGAGAUCUUGAUGCCGAUGAUGACGGAUCAGCUGAAGUAUCAUUUGGAAAGGCAAGAAGACCUGGAUGCCUGUUGCCGAUUGCUCAGUAACAUUCUUGAAGUUCUUUAUAGGAAAGAUGUGGGACCAACACAACGACAUGUGCAGAUAAUUAUGGAAAAGCUACUGAGGACAGUAAACAGAACAGUUAUAUCAAUGGGACGUGACUCAGAACUCAUAAGUUCUAGCAAUUCUAGCAAUUGUGACAAUGUCGCAGAGCUCCGCUGUUCAGUUUUAUACCAUGAGAAAUAG